CGCACACGCACGAGAACGUGUUCGCGGCUUUCGCGCAACGUGUAGCCUGUCUUCUCACGUAUACCACUGCUUUUUAAAAAAUCAUAUUAAUAAUAAUAAUUUUAAAAAAUACUAGUUUAUUAUUUUUAAGCUAUAUAUAUUUUUUGGACGUGUGCGUCUUUGAUGAGGGACUAGAAGAGGAGAAAGAAAGAAAGAAAGAAAGAAUCCAAGAAAAGCACAAAAGCGAAUGGAUUGCAUGGAGAGACGGAGCUUCUCCAGAAAGGAUUCUCCUGCGCUCCACUGAAAGUGAAGGAGAUGCUUAUGGGAACGUCUGAUUCCUUAUCUAUAAGGACAUCUCUGGCAGACGCUCCAUCAUGACCGAUGGCGAAGGGAGAGAGCGCUUUGAAUACCUGGAGAGUGGAGAGGUGAGAGUCCCGGUGUCGGUGUUGUACCGAGCGCACGGUUAUGGCCAAGCUGUUGAGGAUGAGGAGAAAGGCAGCACAUGGGGCCGAGAUGGCUCUGAAGGUUCGAAUAGCUCUGGAACUCGAGGCUCGGGUGAGGAUGAUGAUGAUGAUGGUGCUGGUGGUGGUGGUGGUGGUGAUGGUGCCACUGCGCCCGAUGGUGCGUCCGAGGAGCAGGAGCAGCAGCCGUACCCUGCGCUCGCUCCCAUCGUCUUUUUCUGCAUCAAACAGACCACGCGGCCGCGGAGCUGGUGCCUCCGGGUGGUUUGUAACCCCUGGUUCGAGCAUGUAAGCAUGCUGGUUAUCCUCCUGAACUGUGUGACCCUGGGCAUGUUCCAGCCCUGCGAGGACGUCCAGUGCCAGUCUGAGUGGUGUGUCAUCCUUCAGGCAUUCGAUGACUGCAUCUUUGCCUUUUUCGCUGUGGAGAUGGUUAUCAAGAUGAUAGCUCUGGGGAUUUUCGGAUCUAAGUGUUACCUUGGAGACACAUGGAAUCGCCUGGACUUUUUCAUUGUCAUGGCUGGGAUGCUGGAGUACUCACUGGAUGGUCACAAUGCCAGCCUGUCUGCCAUCCGGACUGUGCGUGUGCUCCGGCCUCUACGAGCCAUCAACAGAGUCCCCAGUAUGAGGAUACUGGUGACUCUGCUCCUAGAUACUCUGCCUAUGUUAGGCAACGUCCUCCUGCUGUGCUUUUUUGUCUUCUUUAUAUUCGGCAUAGUCGGGGUGCAGCUUUGGGCUGGUCUUCUAAGGAACAGGUGUUUCCUGGACAAAAAUGCGAAGGAUCUGUAUAAUCUGUCCUUCAUGAGUCCAUAUUUCAUGCACGAGGAUGGCGAGGAGGACCCCUUCAUCUGCUCCGCUAUAAUUAACGGCAUGGUCAAGUGUACGGACGUGCCUCGUUACAGGGAGGGUGAGAUGGAGUGCAACCUAAACGCAUCCCUCGGACACACCUUGUCUGGUCCUGAUACCAGGAACGGUUGCGUGAACUGGAACCAGUACUACAGCGAGUGUCUGCCCGGGGAGUCUAACCCUCACAAAGGGGCUGUGAACUUUGACAAUAUUGGAUAUGCUUGGAUUGCUAUUUUCCAGGUUAUCACUUUGGAGGGAUGGGUGGACAUCAUGUAUUAUGUUAUGGAUGCCCAUUCCUUUUACAAUUUUAUAUAUUUUAUAUUGCUUAUUAUAGUUGGUUCUUUCUUCAUGAUCAAUUUGUGCCUGGUUGUGAUCGCAACCCAGUUCUCAGAAACUAAGCAGCGAGAGAACCAGCUGAUGCAGGAGCAGCGUGCGCGCUACAUGUCCAAUGACAGCACACUGGCCAGCUACUCGGAGCCUGGCAGCUGUUAUGAGGAGAUGCUCAGGUACAUCAGCCAUCUGUACCGCAAGGUGAAGCGUCGCGCAUACCGGAUCUACCAAGGCUGGCAGAGCAAGCGGAGGAAGAAGGUUAACCCCAACAGUGGCGGCUUGCCAGGGGGUGGAGGGGCCAACGGGCACGGCAGGCAGCGGAGAGGUGGUGGGCACUGGGCGCGUUCUGUGCACAACCUUGUCCACCACCACCAGCACCACCACUGUCAUCUCAGCAAUGGCAGCCCGAGCCCUCAGGCCAUAGCAGAAAGCGCCGAUGUUCUGGAGAUGAGGUAUAUUACAUCAGGAGUACAGUUAACAGUACCCUCACAGGCACCUGCUGGGUUGGAUCUUUCACCAGGACACCAGUCGGUGCAUAGCAUCUUUCAGGGUGACUUUCAGGAGGCCCCGCAGAUUUGCACAGGCUCCACGGCUGGUGUGACACCUCUGGGGAGACUUAACGGAGGCAUGAACUAUCCUACCAUUUUGCCAUCCUUCAUCUGCAGCUAUACAGGCAGCAACGUCACAGCCAAAGGGAGAACCGAGGCCAACAACAGCACAGCAGAUGUGGUGGAGUCGUAUGAGAAACUACAGCGUCUCACAGGAGAGCACAGUCACAGACGCCUGAUGCUGCAGAUGGCAGGCGUGGAGCCGACCUCUCUGCUCUUUGAGGUUCUCGGGUGCCCAUACUGUGCCCAGGCUCUGGAGAACAUCGACCUCGACCUGGCUGACUCCGACUGCUCCCAGUCCGAAGGCGAGGUGGUGCAUGAGUUUUCCCACAGAGCCAGGUUUAGACUCGGACACUCGCGUCGCCACAAGAAGCUAGAGGAGCGCGGCCGAUUGAUGCGUUGCUGGGACAACUUCCGAGACAGGAUGAAACGCAUAGUGGAUAGCAAGUACUUUAACCGUGGGAUUAUGAUUGCCAUCCUUAUCAACACGCUGAGCAUGGGGAUAGAGUAUCAUGAGCAGCCUGACGAACUGACAGAUAUUCUGGAGAUUAGCAAUAUCGUCUUCACCAGCAUGUUUGUCCUUGAGAUGAUCUUCAAGCUGAUGGCCUUUGGCCUCUUCGGAUACAUCAAAAACCCGUAUAAUAUCUUUGAUGGAAUCAUUGUUGUCAUAAGUGUAUGGGAGAUUAUCGGACAGGCUGAUGGGGGUCUUUCCGUGCUCAGGACCUUCCGUCUCUUGCGUGUGCUCAAGCUGGUGCGCUUCCUACCUGCUCUUCGGAGACAGCUGGUGGUUUUGAUGAAGACGAUGGAUAACGUGGCCACCUUCUGCAUGUUGCUCAUGCUCUUCAUCUUCACCUUCAGUAUUCUUGGAAUGCAUCUGUUUGGCUGCAAAUUCAGCCUGAGGUUGGAGAAUGGAGAUACCAUCCCAGACAGAAAGAACUUUGACUCUCUGCUGUGGGCCAUCGUCACUGUGUUUCAGAUACUAACUCAGGAGGACUGGAAUGUGGUCCUCUAUAACGGAAUGGCUUCCACCUCUCCGCUGGCUGCACUUUACUUUGUGGCGCUGAUGAGCUUUGGGAACUAUGUCCUGUUUAACCUUCUCGUUGCAAUCUUGGUGGAGGGCUUUCAAGCAGAGGGCGAUGCCACCAAGUCUGACGUGGAUGAGGAGAAGAGGUCAGUUAAUUUUGAAGAAGAGGAGAAGAUGGGAGAAUUACGUGCCACAGAGCUGAAGAUGUAUUCUCUGAUGAUGUCUGCAAAUGGACAUGUGGACUCUCGUGGUAAUUUGCCGCCACCGAUCAUCAUGCGCACAGCCGCAACCCCUAUGCCCACACCCAAGAGCUCUCUUGGCACAGACUCCAUUUUCAGUUUAGAGGAAUCGAGGCAUGGCAGUCGGAUUUCCAUUGAUCCGAUCGGUUACGAUCAGAGAUCACAGGCCAGUCCACGCAAAUCACCCUGCCACCCUUGUAGCUCAAGCAGUAACUGGGGCAGCCGCAGGUCGAGCUGGAACGGCCUGAGUCGGGCGCCUAGUCUGAAGAGGAAGGACACGUCUGGCGAGAGGCAGUCUCUGCUCUUGGGUGAGGGAAGGGGCAGCUUUGAGGAUGAAGAGCCAGAGGGACUCAUGUUGGGAAAAGCCGGAAGUGCCAGCGGUGGUUCUCUGCACCACCCCAGUUCUCUGGACUACCCUGAGCUACCCACACUCCCCAGCCUGUGCCCAUCAGGAGAGUACCAUGACUGCAACGGCAGGGCGUUACACCUGUCCACAGAGCUGCCCUCGGAGCUCAGCCGGGAGGACUCUACCGAUGAAGAUCUAGAUGACAGUUUCUGUUUCCGCGCGAAGAAGAUUCUGGACGCGUAUAAACCCAAGUGGUGUAAAAGUCACGAGGAGUGGUCUCUCUAUAUAUUCUCUCCAAGGAACAGGUUUCGCGUGUUUUGCCAGAGGAUCAUCUCGCACAAGAUGUUUGACCAUGUGGUCUUAGUCUUUAUCUUCCUUAACUGCAUCACUAUCGCUCUGGAGAGGCCACACAUUCAGGCCAACAGCUCGGAGCGAGUGUUCCUCAGUAUUUCCAAUUAUGUAUUCACUGUGAUAUUUGUUGCUGAAAUGACUGUGAAGGUGGUGGCUCUUGGCCUCUUUUCAGGAAAACAUAGCUAUCUGCAGAGCACCUGGAACGUGUUGGAUGGAGUGCUGGUGUCUGUCUCACUCAUUGAUAUCCUGGUGUCCAUGGCGUCCACUGGAGGGAACAAGAUCUUUGGUAUUCUGAGGGUCCUGCGUCUCCUCAGGACGCUCAGGCCUUUAAGAGUGAUCAGUCGUGCUCCUGGACUGAAGCUGGUGGUUGAAACGUUGAUAACGUCACUGAGGCCCAUUGGGAACAUCGUACUGAUCUGCUGUGCUUUCUUUAUUGUCUUUGGCAUUCUUGGCGUUCAGCUCUUCAAAGGCAAGUUUUACCACUGUGAAGGUUUGGACACAAAGAACAUCACAAAUAAAUCAGAUUGCCUGCAGGCCAAAUACAAAUGGAUUCGGAGAAAGUACAACUUUGAUAAUUUGGGGCAGGCUCUCAUGUCGCUGUUUGUGCUAUCUUGUAAGGACGGCUGGGUGAAUAUUAUGUACGAUGGUCUGGACGCUGUUGGAGUGGACCAGCAGCCGGUACGUAACCACAACCCCUGGAUGCUGCUUUACUUCAUCUCCUUCCUGCUGAUCGUGAGCUUCUUCGUGCUGAACAUGUUCGUCGGCGUGGUGGUGGAGAACUUCCACAAGUGUCGGCAGGACCAGGAAGAGGAGGAGGCGCGCCUGCGCGAGGAGAAGAGGCAGCGGUUGCUGGAGAAAAGGCGCAGGAAAGCGCAGCAGAGGCCCUACUACGCAGAUUACUCACCAGCCCGGCUCUACAUCCACACACUGUGCACUAACCACUACCUGGACCUCUUUAUCACCUUCAUCAUCUGCAUCAACGUGGUCACCAUGUCCAUAGAGCACUACAACCAGCCCCUGUAUCUUGAGGAAGCUUUGAAGUACUGCAACUACGUCUUCACCGUCUUCUUCAUCUUAGAGGCCCUUCUCAAACUUGUAGCUUUUGGCUUCCGGAGAUUCUUCAAAGACAGAUGGAACCAGUUAGAUCUGGCCAUUGUGCUUCUCUCCAUCAUGGGCAUCACACUGGAGGAGAUCAAGAUGAACGCUGCCCUUCCCAUCAACCCCACUAUCAUCCGUAUCAUGAGGGUUUUAAGAAUAGCCCGAGUUUUGAAGCUGUUGAAGUUGGCUACAGGCAUGAGAGCAUUGCUGGACACUGUGAUGCAGGCUCUACCACAGGUUGGGAAUCUGGGCUUGCUCUUUAUGCUCCUGUUCUUCAUCUAUGCCGCGCUCGGCGUUGAGCUUUUCGGGAAAUUGGAAUGCACUGAGAAUAAUCCAUGUGAGGGAUUCAGUCGCCAUGCCACAUUUGAGAACUUUGGAAUGGCCUUUCUAACCCUCUUCAGAGUUUCAACUGGGGACAAUUGGAACGGUAUAAUGAAGGACACUUUAAGGGAGUGCACCCCAGAAGAUAAGCAAUGCCUGAGCUACCUGCCCUUGGUUUCCCCUAUAUACUUUGUCACCUUUGUGCUGAUGGCCCAGUUUGUGCUGGUGAACGUUGUGGUGGCUGUGCUGAUGAAGCACCUUGAGGAGAGCAAUAAAGAGGCCAAGGAGGACGCUGAAAUGGAUGCGGAGAUCGAGAUGGAGAUGGAAAUGGCCCGGCGUCUCAGUAACGCCUCGGCCAUGAGCUCCGGCGGCCCGGAAGGCAGGGGCGGCACCUACAUGGGGCCCAGGCCACAUUCUCCAGGACAGGAUGAACGGAUGCAGAGAACUCAGGGGAAUUUUCUAUCUCCACGAAAGAUGUCGGUGUCCAGGAUGCACUCUUUGCCUAAUGACAGUUACAUGUUUCGGCCGGUGAGGCCGGCCAGCGCACCGUACCCUUUGCAGGAAGUAGAGCCGACUCAAGCGUACCUAGAAUUGGGCUCAGUGACCUCGAUCCACUCGCAGCCGUGUGAAGGUCAUUCCUUGCUCCAGGUUCCUGACGUUCAUCCUCAACCCCAUAUUAGUAUUUGUAUGCCGAGGAUCCCCAGUCCAAACUCGUCUCCCCUGCAUGUUUCAGGCAGGCCUCUACGCAGACAGGAAGCGAUCAAGAAUGACUCGAUUGAUGUGCAGAUGAGUGACUCUAAAAGAAACUUGGACAAACAUAUUAGGAAUACAACAGUCGGUGUCACCCACCAGGUGCCACGGAUCUCCGCCCCCAGCAGCCCCCUGAUGUCUCCUUUCUUACCCACUUAUUGCCACAUGCCCAGUGUCUGCCCCCUCCAACACCCUCAGCACCAGAGGAUCGUUCCCCAUCGAUCAUCCAGCCGGGCCAGCAGCAGCCCCAGCGACUCCAUGUUUGACUCAGUCGACCCAGCCGACGAGGAGGUCCAUCACAUCAACAGCUCAGCCCGGCUGUGGGCCGGAGUCCCGGCGGAGGGGCGUUGCCACUCGUUGUCCCCCUACGUCACACAGUGGCCACUGCCUGUGAAGAACUGCACGAGUGCCACCAAUCUUACUCACUACAGUUCUAAAGACAAGUUCUUCAAUGUGGAUAGCAGGGGGUUUCUGGACAAGCCCUGUUGCAUCGAGGAUCACCGGCGGCACUCUAUUGAGAUCUGCUCUUCUGCAGACGACGGCGGGUUCGAGCAGGGAGUUGGUGAAAAGAGGUACCUUCCCACGCGCGGACAAUCGCUUCACAUCCAGAGGAAGAAGAAGAUGAGUCCCCCGUGUAUCUCCGUCGAACCUCCUAUAGAAACAGUGAUCCCGCUGUCUCUCGUGUCCAUGAAGAAACUGUCCGAGAGCACGCUCCUGCGGCGACGGACGCCGUCUUACGAGCUGGCCCUGCAGCGCGACUCCCUGGACUUCCUGGAGCACCAACUUCCCAGUCAGCCUCUCAUCAAAGUGGAGAGGCAGCCCUCACACUGUGGCGAAUAUCUCUCUCUCCCACGGUUCCCCUACCACCAGUCAGACUCCGGUUCCUGCAUCCUGCGUGACAGCAGCCCGUCUGCACAGUCCUCUCGCUACGACGCCGCGCUGGAGGAGUCCACAGAUUUCAGCACAGUAAACAGGACUGCUCAGUGAUACGGAUGACGGUUUCAGGCGCGUGCACACACGACGCAGUUGUUUUGGACGUGGAGGAGCAAACACUUUAUUUAAUAGCCAAAGUUGUUUUUUUGUUUGUUUUUUUGAGAUGUAUAAUAUAAUGUAAGCCAGCCUGGAAUGGCAACUUUGAUACGAGCGUGAUCGGGCACGAUGGGAUAUGCAAUUUCAGGUUUCCAUACGGAACUCUGGUUCUUCUUAUUAUUAUUGUUUUAUUCGAUUUUUUUUCUUCCCACUGCUCAAUCACAUUGAUUCGAGUUCAGGAUGUGUGAUGGGUUUUAUUUUUUGUUCUUUUAUUUCUUUAUCCAUCUUGUCAUUAAUAUUGCUGUUUCUGCAAAAGGAUACACACAUUAAAUAAAACAAAAAAAAAAGAAUAUAUUUAAAAAAACAUACAAGAGAACUGUACAUGAUCUGAUCUGUACUUUAUUAAAGCAUAUGUUGUAAAUUGAGGAAAUAUUGUUCUGGUGAAGAAAAUAGAUCUAUUCAUAUGCACAUAUUUUUAUAGAGAUCUUUAAUGUUUUUUGCACAUAUCAAUUUGAAAUUCAAGUUGAAAUGUCUUUUGUUGUCCUCUUGUGAAUGUACAUUUUCUAAUCGAAUAGCAGUGGGAACAAUUCUAGUCUAUUUAGACCUUCUAAUACUGAGAUGAUUUUUAUUUUUCUAUUGGGACGCGGGGUGCGACAUAUUUGAAGUAGAUCUAGUGACAACCAAACAUCGACUUAUCUGUAGCCUGAGUGCAAUACACUGUAAAUGUUUAUGUAAGUUUGACCAACCCUGUUAGGUUGCUCGCGUUUUAUACGUAACAUGGUAACGAGCAUCUCACUAGAACACGACCUUAUUCCAUAAUCGGAUUCAUCUCAAUGUCUUUAGUAAGGAUUCGCUCACGUUACGUCCAUCACGUCAUUGAAUAGCGGCAUUCCGUGACCCUCGGCUGUGUGGCGCAGGCAGUGUGCACUUGAAGGACAGUAGAGGUCGUUAUAGAUACAUUUCCAUUUCUUAUAAUUUUCGAACAUGUCUUACAGCAGAGUGUUUUCUGUCGGGGUUUAUUUUAGCGUGAAAGUGAUCUGGUUUACCUUUCAGCUUCGAUAGCGGUUUCUCAAGAUUUGUAUUCAGUAAAGAGAGACGAAGUUGAUAUGAAAAAAGAAAUGCUGCACAUGGGUGAUUCUACAGCUGUGGGCACUUUAGACCUCACAAGUAAAGCUAUUUAAAAGGUCCUGGUCUGGAAACUGCUCAAACUGAGUCAGUUUGGUCGCUGGUUCAAAAUUCACCUCCAGUAAUAGACAGGGUCUCAUAUUCAUAACACAUUCUAUACCUACCAUGACAUGUUGGUGUUACUUGAGCCUUUUUGGUGCAAAAUUUUUAGAAAAGAGAGAGAGAGAGAGAGAGAGAGAUGACAGGAUAACGUGAUUUCUUUCUCAAUAUCGAUACUGAAAUCUUAAUACUCGUAUGGUUUGUUUCUUUUUUGUUUGUAGCUGAGGCAUUUCACAAUCCAAGGCUGUUUCACAUUAAAACUGCUUACACCGUAAAUAUAAUACAGUACAAAUUAUAGAUAGAGAAAAAUCAAACCAGGAAAAAAAAAACAAGUCUUCUUAUACACCGAUCAGCCACAACUUUAACACCACCUUCAGGUUAUUUGAAUAACAUUGAUUAUCAACUAUAUACUGUAUCAGUAAACUGGUGACAGGGUCAUGGGCACCCAAGACUCAUCUACUGUAAGCCUGCGGGACACCAAAGGACAGCCAGCCUGGACCGAUCACGCAGAAAAGCCAAUGUAGCACAAACUGCUGGAAAAAGUUCAGGGUUGUUGAUCCAGCCUUCAAAUUUUCAACAUAUCAGUCUGAUGUGAUGCGCCAGACAAACAAAUCUGACCCAUGGAAGCUGCACCCCCGUAACCCACAGCACACACGAUCUGCUGCCAACAUCCUGGUGCCAGACGCCACAGCACACCGCCAGAGUCAUGCCCCGGUGGGGACAGAGCUGCAAUUAAACAAUAUCGUGGUGUUUUGCAUUGUUAUAUUAUGGCUGAUCAGUGUGUAUUUAGACAUUUGUUUUCCCAAAUUAAAUUCCAGAUAUCUGAUUCACAGUUUUUUUAAAAGAUAUUAUCCCUUAAAAUUUAUGGUUGGUGAUAUAGUUUGGGUAUAAAUAAAGAUUUUUAAUAACUUGUAAGCUGUAUUGUUCAAACUCUAUACAUAACAAAAUGUCUAUAUACCAUUAUAACUGUAUGUAUGUAUGCGUAUAUAUACACUUCAGGGAAAUAAAAACUUGAAUAAAGAUUUUAAUUAAAAAUUUAUUGCCAUAUGUUAUAUAUUGAUAUAUAUAAUAUUUUGAUAAAAUGAAUAAUAUUAUAUUGAUAUACAUCAUAAUAUUUAUCUUUUUCCUGAAGUGUAAUACAUUUUUUGGCUAAAUCUGUGUGUGUGUAUAUGUGUGUGUUUAUACACUGUAUAUCCACUGUGUGUGUAUAUAAAACAUACAGUUAUAAUGCUAUAUAGACCAUUUUUUAAGCUAGAGAAAGCCUAGACAAU